AUGGUUUCAGUUAUUGCUUUCACUCAACAAGUUUUAGUUACUUUAGCUUUUGCUUUAUUAGCUCACGGUAUUGCUAUUCCAAAUAGUUUAGAUAAAAGAGAUGGUUCAGGUGUUGUUACAUUAGACUUUAAUGUUGUUAAAAAACCAUUAAAUCUUAAUGCUACUGCUUUAUACCCACAAAAAUAUAAUAAAAGAGCUGACAUUCCAAUUGGUUUAAUUGAUCAAGGUGCAUCAUAUGCUUCUACUAUUCAAGUUGGUUCAAACAAUCAACAAAUUACUGUUGAUAUCGAUACUGGUUCAAGUGAUUUAUGGUUUGUUGCAUCAGAUGCUACAUGUACAAAUCCACAAGUCAAUUGUAAAGCUGAAGGUACUUAUGAUUCAUCAUCAUCUUCAUCAUACAAAAACUUGGGUGAUUCAUUCCAAAUUGUUUAUGGUGAUCAAACUUCUUCACAAGGUACUUGGUCAGAAGACACAGUUAAGAUUGGUGCUGCAACUAUUAAAAAUCAAAAAUUUGCUGAUGUUGAUACGACUUCUGUUAGUGAAGGUAUUUUAGGUAUUGGUUAUAAAUCGGGUGAAAGUUUAACUGACGAAUAUGGUUUCCCAACUACUUCAUCAUAUGAUAAUGUUCCAUUAAGUUUAAAAAAUCAAGGUAUUAUUAAAACAAAUGCUUACUCAUUAUAUUUAAACGAACCAGGUGCUCAACAAACCGGUCAAUUAAUCUUUGGUGGUAUUGAUCAUGCUAAAUAUUCAGGUAAUUUAAUUUCAGAAGCAGUUACCUUACAAGAUAGAUUAACAAUUAAAGCUAAUUCAAUUAAUUACAAUGGUAACACCCAAUCAUUAGGUGAUGUCUUAUUAGAUUCAGGUACUACUUUAACUUAUCUUCCUUAUGAUACUGCUCAAGCAUUAGCAAGUCAAGUUGGUGCUUACUAUAUUCCAAACCCAUUAGGUGGUGGUAACUGGUUCAUUGAUUGUGACGCCAACACUAAUGGUACUGUUGUCUACUCGUUCCCAAAUGGUGCAUCAAUCUCUGUUCCAUUAUCUGAAUUUGUUUUCAAUUCUGGUAGUUUCUGUUUAUGGGGUAUUCAAAGUAUUUCAGGUCUAGAUUUCUCAAUCUUGGGUGAUAACUUUUUAAGACAUGCUUACUCAGUUUUUAACUUAGAUGAUAAUACGAUCUCAAUUGCUCAAGUUAAAUACACUUCUGAUUCAAACAUUAUUGCUAUUUAA